CACAUACACACUGGCUUUAGCUCAGCUGCGCUGCGUUUGGUUGGUUGGCUGCGAGUUGGUCGGCCACAUUUUAUAAACUAAGAGCUGGCUGCAAGCUGCAAAACAAAAUUUUGUUCUUCUCGCUUGAAAUUAUGUUGAUAAUUUCCUGUUUGCGCUUACAAGUGUUCUAAAAUAAAAAGAAAAAUAAACUUAUAAAAAUGAACAACGGAACUGAACAAAUAUUUCUAGUGAACUCGACGGGGACCGAAUCUUCUACAAUCCAAAAACCGGACGCGAACUCAGACUUGACGUUACUCGACCUCGAGAAUGUGCAAGACUUCUCUACAGUGUGCCGGAUAUGUGCCACCACCACAGAUUUCUUAAUACCAAUCUUCGAAGGCGAAGGCCUGCAGAAUGACCUUGCUGAUAAAAUAAAUAAACAUCUUCCUAUACAAGUAAGGGCAGAGGACCGUCCGAGACUGCCGUCGGCGGUGUGCGGCGCGUGCGGCGGCGCGUUGCUGCGCUGGCACGCGCUCGCGGCGCGCUGCGCACGCGCCGACCGCGCGCUGCGCGAUCUCAUGGAACAGGAGUCCUCCAAAAGCGAACAAAACAAGUGGGCCGCCUGCCAGGACAGCCCAGGCUGCGGUCUUGACCUUGGAGGAGAACUAGAACCAAUAGAUACUGGUCAGAACGAUGACAAAUUAAUCGAAAUAGAUCUCCAGAAUUACUCACAAACCAAAGAUGAAGACGAAGAUGAACCGCUAUCUAAUGUCGCUUCGAGAAAAACGAGUGACGCUUACAGCAAGUUUUACAGUGCCUUAGUAAACUUUAGGAACCAUUUCUUUAACGAUCAUGAAAAAUGCAAAUAUCCAGAUCUAAUAGACUCUAGUGACUCAGAAAUGGAAGAACUCGACAAUAACGACGUCAAUUUAGACAAUUUCGAUGACUUAUCACAAACUAAUAUGCGCAAAGAUAAAAUGGACGAAGAGACUAGACUCGAACUGAGUCAAGCCCAGAUCAAAAUAAAUGGAAAAGUGUUCUAUACUUGCAAAUUAUGCGGGAAAAACUUGAGUUCAUCACACACUUAUGUUUACCAUAAAAGAAUUCAUACGGGCGAGCGUCCUUGCGUGUGUCACAUAUGCGGGAAACAGUUUCGGGCGCCGAACGGACUUCAAAGACAUCUGACGGAAACGCACGAGCGGUUGCGUCGUCACUCGUGCGAUUACUGUCCGAAAAGCUUCGUGAACAUGCAGAAUUUGAAACAACACAUGCGUAUACACACGGGAGAAAGGCCUUACGUCUGCCCUCAAUGCGGAAAGAGAUUCACUCAGAGCGGAUCGUUGCACGUUCAUAUUAAAACGCAUACGAAUCAUUUUCCUUUCGAAUGCGCGGAAUGCGGGGCUAAAUUUCGUCUUCGCGCUGGUUUAUCUAGACAUCGUUUGAAACAUAGUGGGGAAAGGCCUCACGUGUGUAAUUUAUGUCAGGCUUCGUUCCGCCAUAAGCAUGAACUCACCGGCCACCGCGCCGCGCACUCGGACGCGAAGCCGCACGCGUGCGACGCAUGCGGCGCCACGUUCCGACAGCGACGCGCGUUGCGACAUCACGCGAAAAGAUUGCACGAAACCGAUUUAUCUAACAGGGACAUUACACAUUCACUUGUUUAUAAUCAUAUUCAACAGACUAGUAUCAAUUAUUAAGAUGUUGCCGCCAAAAAAUAUUAUAUAGAUUCGUUUCUAUGCGUUUUUAUUUCGCGACUUGAUUCCAAAGACUGAGAUCUUGUUACGAUUUUGCAACAAUCAAUGUGAAUGGUCAAUAUUACCCCGAAAAAUGUAAAAAAAAAAUUAUUUAUGAAAAAUAAAUCUAUGAAUAAAUGAAACUUAGUUUCUCUUUAAUAACUCGGUCAUAUCUUUGAAACUAACAAAUGACAACAGUCCUUAAUUGAAUUAGAAAUAGAAAAGUUAGUGCCAAAUCGAAUUAUUAAUAUAAAUUAUUUGAUUUAAGCAAUAUUUAAUUUCAUUUAACACUUGAUAAAAAACUUUUCCCAAACC